ACUGCACGCGGGGAGAGGAGUAUAGCAGCGCUCUCUGGCUCCUCUCAUCUCAUUCUCUAGAAGAUGGCGGACUGCGCUUCACUGUUAGACGAGGAGCUCUCUUCAUUUGUCUUCAAUUACUUGACUGAAAACUCCGGCAGCCAGUAUGGGGAAGAGGAGGUCUGCUCAGACCGCCUGGAUGCUGACUUCCCUGACUUUGACCUCUCGCAACUGGACGCCAGUGAUUUUGACUCAGUGAACUGCCUCAGUGAGCUGCAUUGGUGCAAUGAGCACUCCGAUCACUCCCCUGCCUCCAUACAGUACAGCGGCGGGAACCCAGAGCUAUUCGAGGAAGAAAAUGCGGCACUGCUCGCUGCCCUCACAGACAGCCUGGAUGGCAUUGUUGAGGACGGAGUCGGGGGUCUGUCUGUGUUCCCUUCGCUGGGGGACGACCCUGAGGAGGGUGAGGAGGAGGAAGAUGACCUCCCUUUGGACAGUGAGCCCCUCCCUGGCUCAUUGAGCCCAGAGACAGAAGACCCAUCUCUACUCAAAAAGCUCCUGUUGUCGCCCCCUAAUGUCCCCGCGGGCCUCGAUUCGCACAAAGACAUGCAUCGCCAUAGCAGCAGGAGCCAGCAAGUCAAACCUGUGAGGCCCGUGCUCAAGAAGGACAAAUCAAGCACACAGGAGCGUAAGCCACGACCAGUGAGGCCCUCCGGUCGUCUUUGCACUGAACUCCACCGCCACCUCACCACCGCGCAGGAGGCUGAGGAAGAGGAGGAGGAGGAAGAUGAAGAGGACAGUGACUCGGAAGAGGAGGAGUCAUCCAGCAGCGAGGGCGAGAGCAUGGUGUGCGUCGAGCCGGCAAAGCCUCAGUUCUCCUCGGAGAAGGAACUGCACUCUGUAGUGGAGCUCAUCAAAUACAUGCACACGUACUGCCUGCCCAUACGCAAACAGGCCAACUGGGAUCGCAAAGAGCGUAAGGCCAAGCCCGAGAGCUCGCAGGUCUCCCGCAGCCUUCCUGUGAACUCUCAGAAACCGGCUCCCCAGACCAGGCCGAGGGCUCCUUUCACUCGCCGCAGGGAAAUCAAAGCCCACUCCCUGCUGAAGGAGCUGCUAGAGGCCGUCAGCUCCUUUGACGUAAGCAAGCCUUACAGAAUGCACAGCCCCCCUUAUAUCCACUGCAGAGGGGCUGCGACUCGGCUCGGCGCUGACCUUUCUUCCUCCUCUGCACGUCAGCCCAAAGCCGAACCUAAAGACUCGGACUGCGAGAGCUCGCAGAAGGCCACAAAGCGCACCAAGAGCCCCGAGCCGGAAGAAGGCUCCUUUUCGGUCAGGCGUUCUCGCCGACUGGCCUCCUUCCCCAGCCGAUUCGCUAAGAAAGUGCGUGUGAACUGUGGCCGGUCGGAACCCAGUGUUGUGCAAUCGAGCGAAGAGGAGAACGCGGUCAAGCAUCCUCCCACUGAGCCUCCUUCUGAUAGCAGGCAGAAGAGCAGCUCCCGCAAGGCGUCUGAAGCCCAUAACUCAUGCAGCAAUGAUGAGAAACGCUCCUGCCUCUGUUUGCCGCUGGCGUCCAAAUCCAACGGAGACGUGCAGUAUGCCAACAAGCCCUUUGAGCAGACUCUCUCUGUGGAACUGUGUGGCACAGCAGGCCUGACUCCCCCCACCACACCCCCUCAUAAACCAGUGGAGGACGAGCUCUUCAAACCAGACGGAAAAGCUGAGCUCACCACCAAAAGCUCUUGCCUGGCGCGGGCGCACAUACGCAAGCUCCCAGAGCAGACGGAGCUGUACGCCCAGCUGCGCCGGAUGGGCCAAACGGGCGACUCGGACGCUAAGGGAGGGACGCAACGGGCGUACGGGGACCACGAUUACUGCCUGUUGGGCCUGGGAGAGAGUUGCAAGGCGAUGGCGGCUGCACUCGGCUCUCAGUGCCGUGUGGAGGUGCAUGAGAAGGAGGAGAUGGCUGUGAAGAACGGGGAGCUGGAGGGACUGGAGGAGAGGCUCCUAACCGAUUGCCAGCAAAGGACUGAGGCUGAUUCGCCCGUGGCGUUGUCUACGCCCGGUCCAGAGCAGACCAGUCAACCCUCACCUGUCCGCCCUCCCACCCCAGAGCUGGAUGCCCAGUCCCCAGUUUCCUGUUCGCCCCCCUCCCCCGGCUGCAAACUCCCCUUCAGCGAUGAGAGCUCAGAGACAUGCCACGGAGCAGCUGAGAAAAGGAGCAAGACAAAGUGUGGACAAGAGAAUGAUGUGAACAAGUGCCAAGUGAUCUACAUUCACAACCUUCCGAGCAGCGUCACUCAGGCCAUGCUGCGUAAGCGCUUCGAGGCCUUCGGUCGGCCAGAGGACUGUAAAGUGGUCAUCAAAAACGAGGAGCGUUGUGGGGUGAUCACGCUGAGAGCCGCUCAGAACGGCCAGACCUCACGGCACAGGUGGGACUCGCUCGGUCCGAGCGGAGGGAGCGGCAGCCGGCGAUAA